GCACGAACUUUUCAUUUUCCUCUCUUUCUCACGUUGAUGGCCAGCUGCACUCUAGCAUUGUUUAAUCGAUAAUGCGUGUUGCCAUGGACAAUACAUCUCAACAUUCAGACUAUUUUGAUCGGCUGAAUGCAUACGGUGUACGGACGUUUAGCUUCUCGUGACAAUUCGCUGAUACACUUGUCGGGGUUUAUUUUGAUCUGACACGAAAUCAAAUUGGUGCAUCGUAACAUCUGUGCCAGGAAUUGUAAGUUAAUGGAAAUAUUCUAAAAUCUCGUCAUUUAAUUUAAUUUAAUUAAUUUUUCAUUUCAUUCGUUAAAUUCAUUUCAUAGUUAUACAUUUUGUAAUGCAGAGAUUUUAAUUUCACAGUUGAAAAUCUCAAUUCGGAAAGAUGGUGAGAAUGCACGUGAAGAAAGGCGACGAGAGUCAGUUCUUGUACGAUACUCACGUAGAGGCAAACGUGAAUGACGUUAUACGUGACAUCGUGAUAAUUUACAAUGGUCGUCUAAAGAUCUCGAGGAUCUGUUACGAGAUGGAAGAGCUGGCUAAGCACGGCGUGAUGCUACCCCCUGACAUAAUGGGUCUCACGGACGAGCAGGUCCAGGAGCUCAAACUCAAGGACAAAUGGGCUGAUAAAUGUGUGCCCACGAGCGGCUGGACUUUCAACAAAGACCAGAUUGGUCGUAGAAACGGCAGACAGCCCAACGAGAAGAUGCAGGAGCUGUUGAACAAGACUAUCGAAGAUGCACGUACCAUGACAUCGAAAAAAUUGGUGCAACAAGAAAAACUGGUCACGCAGAAGACGGUUCAAGAAGCUUUGGAUUUGUUAAGAGGCGCCGUCAUGAUCGUGUAUCCCAUGGGACUUCCGCCACACGACGUGAUACGUCAAGAGUUUGAGAAUACCGAGGAUCUUACCGGCACUCAAGCAUCUCUCGAGGUAAUCGAUGAACAACUGGCGCAGCUGUGGUUCUCUGGAAAGGAAUUAUUACCAGGGAGGAAGAUAAAGGAUUUCCUGGGUAAUAACGAGAAAACCAAGGUGAUCGUGAAGUUGCAAAAGAGGGGAUCUGGAAGACCAGCAAGGGAACCAUUGAUGACGGAAGAUGAGCAGAAGCAAUUCAUGCUGCACGCGUAUCGCCGCCAGGAACAGCUGAAGGUAAGUUUCUUUGCAUAUUCGGCAAUGAUAAAAGCCUCUGCAUCGCAGGUGCUGUCAGGUAGGUAUCAUUCUUUAAGCUGUUAAAAUAACAUAAAAUAUCUACCAGAAAAAUGAUAAAACUGUAUACUAACAUUUCUCUUCGGUAAACCAUAAUGAUAAUGUUAAUGUUAUCAACAAAUGGUCUUGUGGCCGAUCCAGACGUGUUCUCUUUUACCAUUUACUGCUCUCUCAAAAAUCAAUAACAUGGGAAAAUGAUAAACAAGAGGAAAAAAGUAAUUAAAUUUUCAAUUGCGUAAUUGUUUAUUUAGAAAGGAAACCGACUAAUAUAGAAUAUGCAAUAUAUAUUUUAAAAAACCACAAGAAGUCAUUUUGAUCAUCCAAAGUUAUUCUAGAGUACGAACGUACCCCUAAGUCACCAUCAUUGAUCCAAAUGCUUAGAAAAAGAUAGUGCAUGGCUAUCGAUUACACGCGUGUCCUUUGUACGUCCUGUUCAAAGUGGGGUAACGUAUUUCAGAAACGACUUGCGGACUUGUUUAAACUGACACAUCUUUUCAGUCAUUUUUCACUUGUACAUUUGUGUAUAUUUUCUUUAUUUGCAAAUCUUCUCUUUUCAAUAAUUCAUCAUUAUGUAUAUAUUCAUCAUAUAGUAUUAUAUUAUAAUACUAAAAUCUCUCUCUUCCGUUACAUGUGUAUAAUCAUAAUGUUACAUCAAAGUAUUAAUAUUAAUUUAAAUUAAACAUUAUUAAAACGCAGUAUAUAUAUAUAACCAUCGAUGAAAAGAACGUUCCAUUUUUCGUUAUUGAUCAGAAAAAGAUUGAACAAAUAACUCUUCGUGCGUCUCCUGCGUAUAGAGAACAUAGAAAAAUCAAUAAUCAAUUGAAGAGCAAUGUCCCAUGAUAAUCUAUUUCCGUUAUCUUGAAAUACGGUUCGUGAGAUAGGCCUCUCUUUCCAAUAGCAACAGGUAUAUGCCAGUCUAUUGCCUGGUUAAAUGAUCAUAGGUAAAUAGUAUUUCACCGAAGGCAGGAAAAAAGAGUUAUCUGACCAAACUGCUUGUCAAAGAUCCGUUUUGCUUCCUUUUAUAUCGUUUCUUUAAAAAAGGAGCAAACCUGAUCAAACUCAAUCGGGUAUAAAAGAUAGGUAUUAUGAUACAAA